UGUUGUGGGGGGGGAGGGGAGGAGGAUGGGAGGCAAGAUGGCCGCCUGGCUAUCACUGCGGCGUAGGGGCAGCGCGAGGAGCCUCGGGCCUCUGUUGUGGGCCUUCAGGGCCCGGGUGUCCCAGUGGCCGGCACCCGGUCUGACGGCGCGCCCGGAGGGAGCAGCCCAGAGCCGGCCCUCCGCUGGCGGACGCCGCGACUCGAAAAGGCCGCAGUGUGUCGCCAGGAGGUGUCACUGCCAUCAGGGCUCAGUUCCUAUUUUGAAGAACUUGUUGUCUCGCCCUUUUAGCCCUGAAUUCCAGGGAAUCGGAAGAACACCAUUUUUAAAGCAGCUUUCUCAGGACCCCACAAAACUAUUGCAAUUAUUAGGAGGCAUUUACCAUUUUAGAACAUCAAAAUCCCAGCAAGAUAAAAAUAAGAAUCAAAAUCAAGGAUCCAAAGGAAAAAGCCCAGAGGAAGAUGAAGAAGAGAAGAGGCGGCGGGAGCAGGAAGAUCAAAUGUACAAGGAACGGCUCCGAACAUUGUUCAUCAUAGCUGUCAUCAUGAGCCUCUUAAACUCCAUUAGCAGCAGCGGAGGCAACAUCUCUUGGAAUGACUUUGUUCAGGAAAUGUUAGCAAAGGGCGAAGUCUCCAGGGUACAGGUUGUACCAGAGAGUGAUGUUGUAGAGAUCUACCUGCAUCCAGGAGCAGUAGUAUUUGGGAGACAGAGGCUAGCAUUGAUGUACAGAAUGCAGGUUGCAAAUAUUGAUAAGUUUGAAGAGAAGCUGCGGGCGGUUGAGAAUGAACUUGGGAUUGAUGGAAAGGACAGAAUCCCGGUCUCGUACAAACGUACUGGUUUCUUUGGAAAUGCACUUUAUGCUCUGGGAAUGGCUGCAGUGGGAGUGGCCAUUCUGUGGUAUAUAUUCCGUCUGGCAGGAAUGGCUGGAAGAGAAGGUGGAUUUAGUGCUUUUAACCAACUGAAAACCGCUCGUUUCACUAUUGUGGAUGGGAAAUCUGGGAAAGGUGUUACCUUCAAGGAUGUAGCAGGAAUGCACGAGGCAAAACAAGAAGUGAAGGAAUUUGUGGACUACCUGAAGAGUCCAGAGCGCUACCUACAGCUUGGUGCCAAAGUUCCGAGGGGGUCUCUGUUGCUCGGACCACCAGGGUGUGGGAAAACUCUCCUGGCGAAAGCUGUCGCUUCAGAAGCUCAGGUUCCUUUCCUUGCCAUGGCUGGGUCGGAGUUUGUUGAGGUGAUCGGUGGCUUGGGUGCUGCAAGGGUGAGGAGUCUCUUUAAGGAGGCCCGGGCUCGAGCCCCCUGCAUUGUUUACAUUGAUGAAAUUGAUGCAGUGGGCAAAAAGCGUUCUGCCAACAUGUCUGGAUUUGCUAACACUGAGGAGGAGCAAACACUGAAUCAACUGUUAGUGGAAAUGGAUGGAAUGGGUACAACUGAUCAUGUGAUAGUUCUGGCAUCAACCAAUCGUGCAGACAUUUUGGACAAUGCCCUAAUGAGACCAGGCCGGCUGGAUCGACAUAUAUUUAUUGAUUUUCCAACAUUACAGGAGAGGAAGGAGAUCUUUGAGCAGCAUUUGAAGAGUCUCAAAUUAACUCGACCAGCCAGUUUUUAUUCCCAACGACUGGCUGAGCUUGCGCCAGGAUUCAGUGGUGCAGACAUUGCCAACAUUUGCAAUGAAGCAGCAUUACAUGCAGCAAGGGAAGGUCAAAAAUCUGUUGAUACCUCCAGCUUUGAAUAUGCAGUAGAGAGAAUCCUAGCAGGUGCUGCCAAGAAAAGUAAAAUUCUGUCCAAGGAAGAACAGCGAAUAGUGGCUUUCCAUGAGUCAGGACAUGCCCUCGUGGGCUGGCUUCUUGAAAACACAGAAGCCGUGUUGAAGAUCUCCAUAGCUCCACGAACAAACGCUGCUUUGGGAUUCUCGCAGAUGUUGCCACGAGAUCAGCACCUUUUUACCAAAGAGCAGCUUAUUGAGCGGAUGUGUAUGGCUCUAGGAGGUCGAGUCGCAGAAGCCAUCACCUUUAAUAAGGUCACAACAGGUGCUCAGGACGACUUACGGAAGACGACAAAAGUUGCUUAUUCCAUGGUGAAAUCGUACGGGAUGGUUGAAGGAAUCGGUCACAUUUCGUUCCCUGAAACUGAGGAGAAGGGGGCAAUUGGUCGACGCCCUUUCAGUCAAGGUCUUCAGGAGAGGAUGGAUCACGAAGCCAAGGUCUUGGUAGCUCAUGCUUACAGGAAAACUGAGAAGAUCCUGCUGGAUAACAAAGCCAAACUUGUUACACUGGCCAACGCGCUUGUGGAAAGAGAAGUUCUAAAUUACGAUGACAUUGAAGCACUUAUCGGUAGUCCACCUCACGGCCAGAAGAAAACAAUGGCAAUGCAAAGCUGGGUUGAGGCUGAAAAAGAUAAACAAGACACAGGAGAGGAGGCACCACCACCAUCACCAAGGCAUGUACAGGAAGAUGAGCAAAACACGAACCCAGUCUGAACUGAUUAUCAUUGAAUACUGUACACUAUACUUGCUUUAUGAAUAGCAAACCAAGGGAUGAAUCCACUUUAUAAGAACAUUUUACAGAACUGGUACCAAUGUUCAUGCACAACCACGCACUAGGACAGUUAACAGAAGUCUAUAUUUAAUAAUUUUCUUAGUUUGUUCCUUUUAUUUGCUCUGCUGAAGUCCUCUUCUGCGGGAGUACAUUAACUUAGUUGCUUGGACUUUUGUGGUCAUUCCUUGUGUAAGCCAAUGCAAUGAAUGUUCUUGGACUAUUUGCCAAAGGCUGCAGUACAGCAGGGGUCAUUGGGUAGCAAUUGGAGGUGGAGGAAGCCUGGUUCUUUUGUUUGUCUGAGGGAUUCAAGACUAAUUAUAAUAAUAAUAAUCCUUGCAUUUGAUAUAG